UUCGUCAUGUUCUUUGGUAUCUAAAAUUUGCGAUCUCUGUUCUUCUUUCCAUUUUUACACACUCUAGGGUUUACAACUCACCAAAGUCUCUCAAUUCUCAACACAAAUUCUCCAUCCAAACGGCUUCCGGCGUCCAAGAUUCCGUAUUUGCUUGCUUCAUGGAGCUCUUUCGGUGAAUUUCGCCCCUUUUUUACUCGAGGGAGUAUUGUGCGUUGAAUGAACAUAAGCAUGGAUUUAAAUGCAUCGCCAGAACCUGAAGAAGAUGAGGAAAUUUUUGAACCAAAUUUCAGUGAAGACAGUGCACCAGAAGAAAAACAAAGCCAUCAUCAUUAUCAACAUGUAGAACAUGGAGAGUCGGCAGUGGAUAUUAUGCGUCGGGAGCGUGAAGAAAGAAAGCUAAGACUGAAACGAGAACGCCCAGAUGACAAACCGAAACAACAGGCUGCUUACCAGGCCAUGAAUGAUCAUUUAUUUCAAGCAAAGAGUCAAAGAACUUACGAUAAGAGUAGGCUUCCUCCAGGAUGGUUGGAUUGCCCGGCAUAUGGUCAAGAAAUAGGUGGUAUUGUUCCUUCUAAAGUUCCUCUUGGUGAGUCUUACAAUGACUGUAUUGUACCUGGUAAAAGAUACUCAUUUAGACAAGUCAUUCACCAACAACGAGUUUUGGGCCGCAAGCUGGGCAUGGUGAUUGACCUUACAAAUACAACUCGUUACUAUUCUGUAAAUGAUUGGAAGAAAGAAGGCAUCAAGUAUGUUAAGAUCAAUUGCAAGGGGCGUGACUCAGUACCAGAGAACGAGGCCGUAAAUCAGUUUGUGUAUGAGGUUUCUCAGUUUCUAGCUCGACAGAAGAACUCAAAGAAGUAUGUUCUUGUUCAUUGCACACAUGGGCAUAACCGUACAGGCUAUAUGAUUAUACAUUAUCUCAUGCGAACGCUGCCAAUAUCUGUAACUCAGGCAAUAAGAAUAUUUUCUGAAGCACGCCCGCCUGGAAUAUAUAAACCGGAUUAUAUCGAUGCCUUAUAUGCCUUCUAUCAUGAACAAAAACCUGAUAUGGUCACUUGCCCUCCGACUCCUGAGUGGAAACGAUCUUCUGAAUUUGAUCUGAAUGGAGAGGCGUUACCGGAUGAAGAUGAUGAUGGAGUACCUCUCGAUCCUCUGGAUGGCAAUAACCAUGAGGAUACAGAGGGAGUCAUGACAAAUGAUGAUGUUUUGGGUGAUAGUAUCCCUCAAGAUCAGCAAGAUUCUUUCAGGCAGUUUUGUUAUCAAGCAUUGAAAUUAAGUGCAGGGGCUAGAGGGAACCAGCAGUUUCCAGGGUCACAUCCAGUUUCUCUAGACAGGGAGAACCUGCAACUUCUUAGGCAGCGUUACUAUUAUGCAACAUGGAAAGCUGAUGGAACAAGAUAUAUGAUGUUAAUUACUAUGGAUGGAUGUUAUCUAAUCGACAGAAAUUUUGUCUUCCGAAGGGUCCAGAUGAGAUUCCCCUGGAAACUAAAUAAUGAAGGUUUAGCUGAGAAGGUUCACCACUACACACUGCUUGAUGGUGAGAUGAUAAUCGAUACUGUACCCGACACUAGGAAACAAGAAAGACGUUAUCUGAUUUAUGAUUUGAUGGCAAUCAAUCACGUCUCUAUAAUUGAGAGACCAUUCUAUGAACGAUGGAAAAUGCUGGAGAAGGAAGUGGUUGAACCUCGAAACCAUGAACGGGGAGUUAUUUUCAAAAAUAGAUAUUCCAUGUAUAGAUAUGACUUGGAGCCAUUCAGGGUAAGGAGGAAGGACUUUUGGCUGCUUUCUACUGUCACUAAGCUUUUAAAGGAGUUCAUUCCCAGGCUUUCACAUGAUGCAGAUGGUCUUGUUUUUCAGGGUUGGGAUGACCCUUAUGUCCCACGUACACAUGAAGGACUUUUGAAGUGGAAAUAUGCAUCGAUGAACUCAGUGGAUUUUCUUUUUGAGAUGGCUGAAGAUCGCCAACUACUUUUUCUUUUUGAACGGGGGAAGAAGAAGCUGAUGGAGGGGAACAAAAUUGCAUUUGGUGAUGAUGUUGAUCCGGAAUCAUACUCGGGGAAGAUUAUCGAGUGUGCUUGGAAUUCAGAGGAAGAAGUUUGGGUCUGCAUGCGGGUCAGGACAGAUAAAGCUACACCAAACGAGUUCAAUACAUAUAGAAAGGUGAUGCGGAGCAUAAAGGACAACAUCACAGAGGAAGUGUUAUUGGAUGAGAUAAAUGAGAUAAUUCAGUUGCCGAUGUAUGCAGAUAGAAUUAAACGUGACAGCAAAGGCCACCACCACUCUAGUUCAAGACCUAAAUGAGAGUUUAAUGGUUCGGGUUUAGCGUAGGAAAAAAAGGAUAGCCGAGAAUGUUAUGUAAUUAGGGAGCGAGGAGGUCGAGUGAGUGAUUUAAUAUUGUUGUAAAUUGUGCUCUGUCUGGUGAGUUUGCAUGAUCCAGUUGCUGCACUUAAUUUAGCUAUGGAUAUCAGCCCUUUUCCUUUUAACAAAUUGGUUUUUCAGGUAUCAUUAUUAUGAUUAUUAUUGUUA